CACAUACCAGGUAUCAGAAACCCAAGCUGAGCAUCGCAGGAGAGUUUUAUAGCAUAGCAAAUAAGUGAUGCAGUAGAAAGGCAGAGCUUAUGACCGUAGAUCCAGGACCUUUUCAAAAUCUUGCAUUGCCGUCGAGGGUUCUUAAGUUUUCGUUUUCGUUUUCGUUUUCGUUUACAUCACCAUCAUCUCCUUUCAAAAUCUUUUCUUUUUAAACAAAACACUCGAAGAGAGAACCCAUUUUGCUUUUCCUUCUUGUUAAAGAAAGUUCCUUUCAACAAUGGCUACUCAUGUGGAAGAACGCGAUAUUCAGAAGAAGUAUUGGAUGGAUAACAUUUCCGAUUUGAGUGUGAAUGCAAUGAUGCUUGACUCGAAAGCAUCUGAACUUGACAAGGAAGAAAGACCUGAGAUACUUUCUCUGCUUCCACCUUAUGAAGGAAAAACAGUUUUGGAACUCGGAGCUGGUAUUGGCCGUUUCACAGGGGAAUUAGCACAGAAGGCUGGCCAAGUAGUGGCUUUGGACUUCAUUGAGAGUGCAAUAAAAAAGAAUGAAAAUAUCAACGGACACUAUAAGAAUGUCAAGUUUAUGUGCGCUGAUGUGACAUCCCCAGAUCUGAAUAUUUCAGAGGGGUCGGUGGAUUUGAUAUUCUCAAAUUGGCUUCUCAUGUAUCUCUCUGACAAAGAGGUGGAGAAUCUGGUAGAAAGGAUGGUCAAAUGGGUGAAGGUUGAUGGGUUUAUUUUCUUCAGAGAGUCUUGUUUUCAUCAAUCUGGAGAUUCUAAGCGAAAAUACAACCCAACCCAUUACCGGGAACCCAGAUUCUACACGAAGGUGUUUAAAGAAUGCCAUACGCGUGAUGGGUCUGGAGAUUCUUUCGAACUCUCUCUUGUUGGCUGCAAAUGCAUCUCAGCUUAUGUGAAAAACAAAAAGAACCAGAAUCAGAUUUGUUGGAUAUGGCAGAAAGUUAGUUCAUAUGAGGAUAAGGGGUUCCAGCGAUUCUUAGAUAAUGUUCAGUAUAAAUCCAAUGGCAUAUUACGUUAUGAGCGUGUCUUUGGACAAGGUUAUGUGAGUACAGGAGGAAUUGAAACAACUAAAGAAUUUGUGGGAAAACUGGAUCUUAAGCCUGGCCAGAAAGUCCUAGAUGUUGGCUGUGGGAUUGGGGGAGGUGACUUUUACAUGGCUGAGAACUUUGAUGUGGAGGUUGUAGGCAUUGACCUCUCCAUAAAUAUGAUUUCGUUUGCCCUUGAACGUGCCAUUGGGCUCAAAUGUUCUGUGGAGUUUGAAGUUGCUGAUUGUACUACAAAGACAUAUCCUGACAACACAUUUGAUGUUAUCUACAGCCGUGACACCAUUUUGCACAUUCAAGACAAACCUGCAUUAUUUAGAUCUUUCUUCAAGUGGUUGAAGCCUGGAGGUAAAGUACUUAUCAGUGAUUACUGCAAGUGUGAUGGAACUCCAUCACCAGAAUUCGCCGAGUACAUUAAACAGAGAGGAUAUGAUCUUCAUGAUGUAAAAGCAUAUGGCCAGAUGCUUAGGGAUGCUGGUUUUGAUGAGGUCGUUGCAGAGGACCGAACUGAUCAGUUCAACAAAGUUCUGCAAAGGGAGUUAAAUGCUAUAGAGAAGGACAAGGAUGAGUUCAUCCACGACUUUUCCGAAGGGGACUAUAAUGAUAUAGUUGGUGGAUGGAAGGCAAAGCUGAUCAGGAGUUCAUCUGGGGAGCAGCGAUGGGGCCUGUUCAUCGCCAAGAAAAAAUGAUUAUUGGCUCUCUUACAACCUCUACGUCUAUCAUUUUGAAUAAGUGUUGUUGAUGUCUUCGUUUGUAAUUGUAUGAUUUCAGCCGAUGGCUAAUGUGUGAACUAAGCUAGCUUUUUCUAGCGUCUUAAUAAUAUAAAUGAUCCCAUCGUUUGUCACUUGGUCAA